UCAAAACUGAAGGAAAGCAGUGUACCCUGCUGCUGCCUUCUUACCCCUCCUUGUGCUUUCUCCUCCUCCCUGACGUUUAUCUUGCCAUCUUUAUAUGCCUCUCCCGAAUUUCAUAUUCAUAUACUGUACAUGAGAAUUUGGUGGUUAAUUCAACAUGCAUGUGAGCAAUACAUCCUGAAAGGUGGACACAAUAUUUGUCCACUGUAGAGGAUGUGUAGAAAAAUAGGUUUUCAGGUUGGUGCAAAAAUAAUGGCAUGAUAUCAUUUAAGAAUGUUGUGACCAGCGUUGUUCAAGUCUUUUAAGCAUCAUCAGUUGAGAGCUAUACAAGUGACACACAUAUUGCUGCUUUGUCCUUCUUUAAUCAAAGAAAAGUCACAUUGGACCUGGCAUUGGUUCCACACCCGACCGUGAUAAGUGAAUUUCCACGAAGUUCGCUUUUGUUUGCUUUUGCCACCGAACUUUCGAACUCUCUUCCGCCUGCGCUACAGUCUAUCACAGAGCUGCCAGUUUUCAAAAAUCUUUUAAAAAGCCAUUUAUUCAGACUGGCAUUUGACACUCAAUAGUAUUUUAGAUGUGAUUCUGUACAUGUGCAUCUAUUUUUUGUAUGAGGUGUUCUUGUUAUAUUUUAUUCAAUCUUUCGCUGUUCUUAUUUGUUUAUUUGUUUGCUUGUUUUUAUUCUUGUGAUGCAUCUUAAUAAAUUUUUUAUAAAUGGAAUAUUUUUAAUAGUUAAAGCAUAGACAACUUGUUUCUGACCUUCUAAAUAUGUUUUUUUAACAUUAUUAGAGCCCUCUAGAGAUGAACUAACACCCCGAUAGUCACCUUUCCACUCAUAUAACCCUAUAUAGUAGACAUUAUAAGAGUAAAUGCACCAUUUAAGACAUAAAUAAAACUCAUGCUUGUGUGUGUUGCUAUAAAUGUGUUCCCUAGGGGAGCAGAGUGAGUGGCAGACAGGAAGUGACGUCAGCGGUUCAGAGCAGCCCGUGGUUUUAUGAGGGAUUUUAUUCAGGAUUGCUGUGCCUGUUGUGGGAUAAUUCAAACCUGCAGUAAAAGCCUGUUGUUCCGGCAAUCAAGUCUGGUGCUUGUGUGUCUCACCAUACAUUCCAGUAACAUUACUGACACCUCGUCAUUCGUGUAGAACACUACGGCAAAGUCUUUGAAUGCCUUAUAUUUGUAUUGUUUUCAUUUAGCCACUUUUAUUCUGGAAAAUGCUUAAUUUAGGCAACAGACAUUAGCUUAAAUAUGUUUUGACUAAUGAUGGUCCGUAUCCAACCACAAAACAGCAUGAUGACUGUAUUUUUGAAAAAACGUGACAAAGUUAAGCCGCAAAAUUCGAACCGUAAAUUGGCGAGGGACGACUGUAGAACAAUAAAAAAUUACAUGUAUUUAAAAAAAUAAGAGGCCCCUCAAUUUUGGCCCUGGCCACUCUUGUUGACAGGGCAGCACGGUGGAAUAGUGGUUAACUAUGAAGGAUGCAGGUGGAAGCAAAAACAGUCAUCUUAACAGCCAACAAUUAGAUGGGUGCUAAUAGUAUGUUUACUCUAUCGUCAGUCAGUAUUUCCAUGAGCUGAUUCUCCAUAAAAACCUUCAGUCAUUGCUGAGUCAUGGUGAGAAAUGGGGUACACCCUUGACUGAUCACCUGUCAUCACAGGACCGGCGCAUAGAGAUAGACAAUACUCACAUGCACACCUAUAAUUGUGUUAAUUGUGUUAAUACACUUAACAUGCAGGAAUCUGAGAUACCGAGAGAGAACCCACGUAAGCACAGGGGGAACAUGCAACUCCCCAGCCUACCACUCAUUCUUUAAUAGUUUGCAUUGAGUAAUUAACAGAAAUCUGGCGUGCACGAGGCGAGAAUAUGACCACUAGGCAAAUGUGCUUCUGACUAAAUGUUGACUUCCAACUUUAUAUUUUUAGAUUUUUGCAACCAAAAUAAAAAAACUUCCUCUUCUCACCUUCUCCAAAAACAUCCAACCUGCUAUGAGCUGUCAUGAGGAAGCUUGGCAAUGAUGUGAGUGUGAUGCACCCUCUUCUUUUCAGUAUGGGAACCUUUCAUAUUGGUGCCUUGGGUGAUUUUGUCGUUUUUAUAUGCAAUGAAAUACAAGAACACACCAGGUGGAUGUCAGGACCUAAUAAUACGGCAGGGUUCUCCCAGGACAUGUCCUGUUCUCACAUCCUGUCCUGGCCGCCGAGGCUUUUAGAAAGUGAUGAAAAUGUCCUGGUUUUCAAUGUUUUUCAUUGGGCGGCAUUAUGGCACUCGUUAGGGCAGCUUUUUGAAUCUGUGUUGCCGGAAAGCCAAAGAAAAAGCAAAUCCUUAAUCGUCUGACGCGUCCUGACUUGAAGUCUUGCAUAAUUGGGGUCAUCGGCACUCCAAACGUAACAAGCAUUUGGCCUCAGGUGCCAGUGUUUUCUGUUUUGUGUCGGUUUUUGAACAUUCUUCCUUUGUGGAAUUUGUGUCUUUGGUUACAGAUAGUAUUUUCUGCUAUAACAAUUUUCUAUCCAUACAGAGGAGGCAUAUUUUAAAUAUAUUAAAAUUAUCAGGCAUCUUUGAGUAAACUUCAGGUAUCAUUUGAGUAGAGUGUCCUGGUUUUCGGUCAUCAAAAUAUGGUCAUCCUAUAAUAAGCCAUCAUUUUUUUUAUCUACAACAUGAGAAAAACGUUUCUCAGCAGCAAUGAGAUUGAUCGAAACAAUCUCACACAAUAUCGCACCUUAUGAUGUCAAUGAUUAUUGAAUUAUUCAUUUUGGGAGACGCAUCACACUGUGUCUGGCUAUGUGUACGUCUGGAAGUGGAAGAAUGUGUGCGUCUGACUGCUAGCAUUCCAUGAAGUUGUGUUUAAAGUGUCCAGGGCCCGUGUUGCUUUCUGACGCUCUGCCUGGCGCCUGGCCUCAUUAAUCAAGACGUUCUUCACGCGACACUUCUGGGAUAUUACGCUCUUUUCCUGUUGUGGGAGAACUGGCAAAAUUCUUCAGAUUCCAGUCCUCUGAGGUGGCUGUGCUUGUGACUGUCCUUUGUGUUUGGACGGAGACCACAUACUGUAUGUGUCACCAUGCUUUAAUGGUAAACUGUAUUAGUCAUGCUGGUGUGAUGCAUAUUCAUGGCCUACAGCGGAAUGUCUCCGAAACAAGCAUUAAAAAGCUUAAACCAACUUUAUUUGUAUCUGUUCCAAAGAAAAAUAUGCCCUUUCAUCACACUUCAAUUGACCCUCUCCCUAAAUACGGUGGCAAAUUAACCUCCAUAACACUGAAAGCUUGUUAGUAGUAAGACGCAGUUGUAAGUUCUCAGGUGGUAAACAUGCAUCCACGUGCAGGGUGUAUUUGCAGCACUUCUAAUUAACCCUCCCUGAGACACAUGUCACGUUUGAUGCGUGUAUGACUGAGAAAAUAUUGCAAAGCCUCUUUCCUCUGUUGUCCAUGUAGGUGUGUGGUUCAGAAUACAUUUCAGGGGUGCAAAAGUUGAACCAAGCAUCACGUGCUGAGUGUGUUGUUUGAGGAAGCGGCACUGACUGUUGCCACGUGUCCUUUGACGCACUUGGCGGGGGAGACUGAGACAGACGGGAAAGUAAUUGCUGUAUCUUUCUUGCUUGACUAGGAUCAUUACUUUGUUCGCAGUAUAUUGCCCCCUGAUUUUUUGACUGCCUAAUAUCACUGGGCUAAUUAGAUUUAAUUCUAAUCGAAUAUAUUAUACAAAGACAUCUUAUUCCUAUCAUCUUUGCUGUUCCUGUGUGGUGUGGGCGACACAUGGCAGACAAGAACUGAUUCACUCAAAGAAACUCAGUAAAAGUACACAUGUGGGAUAUGAAGCCACUGACAAGAAGCUGGCGGGCGAUAAACAGUCGUCCCUCGCCGCUCCGCGGAUCGCAUUUCACAGCUUCACUAUUUUUCAAAAUAAAUAAAUUAAUAAAUUCUUCCGGUUUUGUGGUGUUAGUGAAAAAAUAUGCAUGUUUAAGAAAACUUUACAUAUCAAGCUAAAUUAAGCAUUUUCAAGCAUAAAAAUGUCUAAAUGACUGGUCACUAGGUGGCAGCAAUGUUACAUUGAUGAGACAAUAGCCACAGCAGGAAGUAUGCUGUCCAGGAAAAACAACAAGGAACUCUCCCAAUGCUAACUUGUGACGCUUUGUUUGAAACAGCAGUUUGAAACUGUGUUUGUUACAUCUCAUAUGUCUUAUUGUUUGUUAUUAUGUCUACUAUAUUGGGUAAUGUGAGUGUAAAGGUGAGCAUAGGGGUGUUAGUUCAUGUCUAGAGGGCUCCAAUAGUGUUAAAAACAGUAUUUAGAAGGUUGUAAACAUGUUCUCUGCGAUCGAACUAGAAAAAUAUUCCAUUUAUAAAUAAGGAAUCCUACCUGGCGGAAAUUCGCUUAUCACAUUCAGGCCUGGAACCAAUUAAUCGCAAUAAACAAGCUAUUCCUGUAUACUAAGAUCAGUUACAACGAUGGUUUACACAGUGUUUCCCACCGGAAUGCAAUCUAUUUGUGGCAGGGGCUCGAUUGUCUAAUUAGCUUAAUUGGCCAAGACACAUGUAAUUUUUAUAGAUGCUGUGGGAGACAAAAAAAUAUAAAAAGCAAAAGAAAUGCGUUUACAAAUACAACAUUUCUUCUGUUAUUUGUGUCACAAGCAAGACAGAGCUGCCAGUGAGUGCUUUUAGAUGGGGUGAGGGGGCGAUGUGUGCUUUAAUGUUAGCCUCUAAAAGUGUCCAGUCAGACCAGAAAAUUUGCUAUACUUGUCCCUCCUGCUACGACUUCUUAUUCUCUGGCAGACCAGGUGCAUAAGAGGCGUGUUAAAAAAAUGGGGUUACGAUGCCAUCUGCUGUACUGUGUUGGAACGACAAGCUAUAUUUACACACAGUCCCAUUAUAAUGUGUUUAUUAGCGAGAGCAAACACGUAGCACCAAAUCUACAGCUGCAGUAUUUGUGGAUGUCCAAAUGUAUCUGUGGCGGGCCACCAAAAAUAAAUGACUGCAUGACAAACACUGGUUUGCAGAUGCAGUGGUUAGCAUGCACCCCUGUUGGCAUGUUUUUGGGUUAACGUCGAAAAGUUACGUCAAAAUUUUAACAGCCAAAUAUUGAUCACAUAUGAGGAAAAUGUAAGAUUUUCAUCCCAAAAGUUUUUCUCCUUUCAGCACAAAUGGAAUAGUAAUAAUAAUAUAUAAGAAAUGUCAAACCGCUGUUUUUUCUGGGGGAAAAGUCAGUGGGGAACAUGGACGUCUGUUCAAAACUCCAUCCAGAGGACUGUCAGACUGACUGUUUCCAGCCGCCGGAGACGCUGACAAAAACAACCCAAGUACGUGGUGCUGUUCUUAUAGCAGGCUGUCUAAAUCUAGUCGGAUAGGAAAAAGGAACGCUAUAAGAGAGUACCCAUUAAAAUGACCCAAAUGUUACUUUGUGUUUUGUCCAGCUUCCCCCAGAUGCACGUUUAGAGUUGUUGUUGGCUGUGCUGACCCAGAAGAAAUCUGCAAAUCAAUUCCAUGCAUUAAGUGGCUCACUCAUGGAAAUACUGUAGGUACUGCAUCUUAGCGAGGAGGAGGAGGAGGAAGAACUAGCUAUACAGUACAGUGGUACAGUCGUCCCUCGCCACAUUGCAGUUUGAAUUUCGGUGCUUCACUGUCACUUUCAGAAAUACUUUAAUUAAUAGAUUAUGCUUAUCAUGUUUGUGUGCAGCUUAUUAUUAGUAAAAAAAUAUGGGCAGGUUUUACGUAUUUUUUGGCUUAAACUGAGCAUUUUCAAGCAUGAAAACGGCAAAAUGAACUAAAAUGCAAAUAAAAGGCAUUCAGAAGAUGCAUUCAAAGACGUGACGCUAUGUAGUAUUCUACCCUGGUCACUAUGGUAUCAGUAAUGUUACUGAAAUGUUCGGUGAGGCACACAAGCACCAGACUUGAUCGCCGAAUCAGCCAUGCUUAUUGCGGGUUUGAAUGAUAUCACAACAGGCACGAUAAUGAUAUCAUAAUAAUCAUAGUAAUAAUUAGUGUCAUAAUAACAAUCGUUGCGGUCGGAAUCCACUCACAACUCAACUCUGAACCCCCGACAUCUGCCACACGUCCGGAAGACAUUUAUUGCAACACACACAAGUCUUAUUUAUGUCUUAAAUGUACGUACAAAAAUCAUAAACAAGGAACCUUAUUUAGCGGAAAUGUACUUAUCACGGUUGUGUCUGGACAAUAUGAAUUAACGGCAAUAAACGAGAUUACUGUACCUCAUUUUUUGUGAUGAAUUUGUUCCCAAAGGUCAGAUAAAAAACCGAAACGUACGAAAACCCAGGCAGUUUUUCCCAUAUCAUGUAAAUCUAAUUAAUCCGUUCCAGACACCGAAAAAUAUUAACAAAAAAUGUAUUUUAUGGAGAAUAAUUAUAGUUUUACAUGCACAAAGCAACAGAAGAUAAUUAUAAAGGAUGAAUGGAUUCAAAUUUUUGUUGAUGUGGACUUCCCGUACACUUUCUUUUGCGCCAUGACUGGUUAUUUAACAGUUCCACUAAAUAAAAGAUGCACUGACAGUGAGUCAGCAACAAGUAGGAUGCUUUGUUUGGGCGAUUCCGCAAAACGAUACAGUACAGGGAAAACGGACUAAUUGUUCUGCAAUACUGUACAAAAACAGUUCAGCGAAAAGCAAAUCAUACAAAAAACAAAGUUUGACUGUAUAUAUUUGUUGGACCACAUGUCCAGAGCCAAAACGAGUGGGCUUUUUUUGACAUUCAUUUGCGUGAAACGGGUUUUUUGCUCAUCUAGUAGAGUAAUUGAGUAAUACCUUGAAGGUAGAAAUAUGCAGUGUAUGUCCAUGUCCAUGGAAUCAAUUAAAACAGGUUGACCUCAGAUGCCUUCAAUGCAAAAGCGGAUUAAAAAGGGUUAAUUUUUGGAUUUGUUUCACGUGAAAUCACACCGUUUGAUGUUUUUGUAGGCACGUGCUCUGUUAUUGUUGAAGGCAGACUGAACUCGAAGUUAUUGAUGGAUGGUAAAUGUCGUUUUUUUAGGUUGCGCAUGCAAAUGUGAUCAUCUUCUGGAGUUCUCAUUUUGUGCAAACAGAAUUCCUCACCGGUCAACACAGCUGUGUUAUGAUAGUAAUGGCAACGAGAACAAUAAAGGAGCUGAAUCUGGCACGUUAACGUGUGGUUGAAGAAGGAACAAGGCUGCUGGCAGGCAGGAUGAUGGCUUGUUUUCACUGGCCUCUGUGGAUAGCAUUGGGGGGGAGGAGGGAUGGAAAAAAAAAUUCUAGUGAUGAAUAUGAAUGAAAAUAGCAGUGAUUAAUAGCACAAUGAAGCACCAGGGUGGAAAGGAACAAGUAAAUGGAGGUAAAUGAAUUGGUGCGACUGGACUGGUGGGGGCAUAUCUCUAGGUAGAGCUUGUUCACCCAUACAGUCUGUUGAGGUUCGUUUAAGAAGCCGGGCCCUCUGAUUGGUGGAGUGUGAUGCUGCCCUCUCCCCUCCCCCCAGAAGAAAGAGGGGCUGCAGGGAGCAUCAGGCACACAGCAGCACUGAGGCAGCCACUGAGGAAACAUCGACAGCUCACACGAGAUUCAGUCAAGACAGACGAGCUCACAAGACAGUUGUCUCCUCCUUGCUUGAGCAGUCUAGAUAUUAUUUCAGCCGUCGAUCAAUCGAUCCACCGCAUCGAGGGCGGCUGCCAGUCACCAUGGGCAGGCAGGGGCACGAUACCUCUGCUGGGAUGCGUAUACAGCGCUCCCAGAGCAAGAUGAGCUUAUCUGCAUCUUUUGAAGCCCUGGCUGUCUACUUCCCCUGUAUGAACUCCUUCGAUGAAGAUGAUGGAGAAGCGGGAGGCAAGAAGUUGCGCAGCACCAUCCAGAGGAGCACAGAGACGGGACUGGCAGUGGAAAUGAGGAGCAGGAUGACUCGACAGGCCAGCCGAGAGUCCACAGAUGGGAGCAUGAACAGCUACAGCUCCGAGGGAAAUCUCAUCUUCCCUGGUGUGAGGCUGUCCUCCGAUGCCCAGUUUAGUGACUUUCUGGAUGGGCUUGGGCCUGCCCAGCUUGUUGGACGACAGACACUGGCUACUCCACCAAUGGGCGACAUCCAAAUCGGUAUGGUGGAGAAGAAAGGAGCACUGGAGGUGGAGGUCAUCAGAGCUCGCGGCCUCGUAGGAAAACCAGGUUCCAAGGCACUGCCAGCACCAUAUGUCAAGGUCUACCUGUUGGAGAACGGCGUCUGCAUAGCCAAAAAGAAAACUAAAGUAGCAAGAAAAACCUUGGAUCCUCUCUACCAGCAGCAACUGCCGUUCGAGGAGAAACCCGGAGGCAAAGUUUUACAGGUGAUUGUCUGGGGCGACUACGGACGCAUGGACCAUAAAUCUUUCAUGGGAGCCGUUCAGAUACUGUUAGAUGAGUUGGACCUGUCCAACAUGGUGAUUGGCUGGUUCAAGCUCUUUCCUCCCUCCUCACUGGUGGACCCCACUCUAGCCCCCCUGACAAGAAGAGCUUCCCAGUCCUCACUGGACAGUUUCUCGAGGUCAUAGCAGCGUGCGGACUGAUAGCGUUGUUGUAGCAGCCAAUGUUGCGAUGAAAGGUCACGCCCCCGGUUACACUGCAUGCUUGAUGUUGUGUCUUCUGAGCCUGUUUCUAGGGGAGCAAAUGUGAGCCUGUGUUUUGAGCAAAAAACGUUGCACACACGGUGCACGUGGUGAAGCGCACCGCAAGCGCUUGGCGGCCGGGAUUGCCGGGAGUUGUUGUUGUUGUUCUUGGGACGAAACUGGAAUGAACUCCUUAGCACGAGGAAUCUGUCAUCUCCAGGUUGUCAUCCAAUUCGAAGCCAUGGGGUUCAGCACUGGGAACCACUAAACGAGUUCUACAGAAGCCCUUUUCGAAUGAAAAAUAGAUGUUUGGCUUUGAUUUCAUUUUUUUUCAUUGUUUUUGUUUCUUUUUUCCCGGGUGACGGCGGUUUUCAUCAGAUGCUUGGUCACGCCACGCCAGCAGGCCUAGGAGUUUUUGCAGCCCAUUACUUUGGUUGAGGUGCGUCCCAGCUUGAAUCCACACUCCACUCUAAAUCCAAAAAGAAAAAAAAUAGCCUGCAGACUCUCGGUUUAUUCGCUGGAAACUCAGCAGACAAAAUGAAUCAGAGGCAACGCUGCAGUGGCUACAAAUCAGUGAGUCAUCAAAACCCAAUGAAAAUAUGUGCAAUCUAGCGUCUUUGUUUCUUUCUUUCGUUCUCUUUUGAUAUAUUGUAUGACAAUUAUCUGAGAAAAAUAUAUUUUCCUUUUUUUAGUUCAUUUGCAUGGACAAACCGAUUUAGCUGAGUAAAAGAAAAAAAAAAAGAAAGAAAAUUAUUUUCUUGAGGCUGUAACUUGCAAAAAAAAAAAGAUGAAGAAAAAUAAACAAAACCGAUCAGCCAUUUUCAACAAUUUCUAUUAUUUUUAAAGAUAAAGUUCACUCGUGCAUGGUUUUCAGGGGGAGUGAAUGCAACAUUGCGACUGAGAUAGAAGUCAUCACUUAUCAGUCUUUAGGACAUUCAUGAGUCAGCAAAUGCGGGGAAAUUUUGGAGUAUUUAACUGAUAACGUUUGUGUGACAAAGAAGUGAUAAUGAAAUUAAAUGUAAAUGAUUUAUUUCAUGGUAAAAGGCUCAAGCCUUAUAAAGAUAAACAUGAUGUGCAAAUUGUACAUGUUUCUCUUUUUCUUCCUUGUCCCAGGGUACUUCACAUUGUACUGUUCAUUACUACCAUUGUCCAGUCCCCUGAUAGUGUCCACAUUUUAGGACUGCUUAUUUCACGGUUCAAUAUGGUUUUGGUAUGCAUUUUAGUUUGGAUUUGAUUUCUUUAACAAGCAUGUUGAAAAGGAUUCUCUGCAACAUGGCUUGGGCACACCUUAAAGUAACUAGCAUGUUUGAUAAAGAGGAUAUUUGGAAAUUUUUGCAAUUUCUUGUACAGUGCAUGUCAACUUCAUUCAUUUUCCUCCCUCACGUUCAAUUGAACUCAACUAAAUUGCUUUUCCGUCUUCCAAUGACCAAUUAUUGACGUUUUAACAAAACAUUCCACUCGUAUUUUCUUUGAGGAUAUGAGGAGAAAAGUGACAAGGAAAAUAUUUUCUAUUAAUGGGGGUCAACAAGUUGUGAUUACAAGUGUAUUUCAUUUCAUUAUUGUUGACAAACAUGCAAAAACGUUGUGUAUUGGUGCAGCAAAAGGUCUACAAGUAAUCAAGAGGCAGCAAACCUGCAAAAAGAACACGUGUUGCUGGGGUUCCAAACAAGCACUCUUUAUGAAAUGAGCUCAUCACAAGUUCAACUAACAUGGGUUAUUGCCACAGAAAAUGUUCUUGUUUAAAUGAAAAUGACAUUGAUUUACUAUAUUUUUGUUAGUUUUAUUUAAAAGCCAACACCUGAUUAUUUUUUAUUUUCUAUUUUUGGUAAUUAUGACUACUUCUCAUGUCUGGGAAGUAUAAGAAUCUUAUGGUUGCAGUAUGUCUGAAUGAAAAUGAACUGGGGCAUUAUUCCUUUUCCACAUGGAGAUAAUGAAUUUCAUGUCCAAGGAGACUCUGUCACUGCAGUAUAUAUUUUACAUUUUGAUUUCCAUUGUACAUACCUUUAGAUGUCAGAAUUUGAAUAAACAAGAUUCCGUGAUGACACUCUUCUGGAGCAGGAAAAAUGCCUCACAUGAUGAAAAAGACAUUUAUCAAUUUAUCCUUUUGAAUGCCUUUUCAUUUUCUCUUUUUUGGUGCAAUGUGUUAAUGCCAAGGCUAUGUCUUGGUGAAGUAUGGUUGAGUACAGAGAUUUAUGUAAGUUAUUUUUCAAAUUAAAAAUUAAAAAAUGAUAUUACACUAAUG